UUUUGUGGAAAUAUUGUGGGAAGAAUGGAUGGCGUCCGCCAUUAUGGACGGAGAAAAACGUUCUAAGAAGUCGAAGUUAAGAGUUGUUUUAGACGUUGUUCCUGUGCUCGAAAAUCAUCAAAAUGUCAUGGAUUAACAUCAAAGGAUUCCGAACUCUUUCGAGGAACAAAAGUUCCCGUGUAAACGGGCUUUUAAACUCGCACCGAGCCGUUUUUUCAACGAGCCUCGUGUUCGUAGGGACUUGUGACGGUUGUACUCAUGAGUAAGUUGUCGUUUAGGGCUAGGGCGCUGGACGCCUCAAAGCCCAUGCCCAUAUAUUAUAUGGACGAUGUUCCUGAAUUUCAGGAUUUCACUACUAUUAAUCGGGCAGUUCCCCAAAUGCCCACUGGAAUGGAAAAAGAAGAAGAAUGUGAACAUCAUCUUCAGAGAGCCAUUUCAGCUCAACAAGCAUAUGGGCAUACGGGGGAACUUGUCAUACCCACACCAGAAGUAUAUAAUGUUCCAAAAAAUAUCAAAGAUGAAUUAUAUCCAGCAACCUAUAAAAGUUCUCGACAACUUAUUCAUGUACAGCCCUUCUCAAUGGACCAAGACAUACCGGACUAUGAUAUUGAUUCUGAGGAUGAAAAAUGGUUGUCGCAGCAGGCUGAAAGGUUGGAUAUAAGACCUUUGCAAUACGAAGAAAUGAUGGAUAGGUUAGAAAAAAGCAGUGGGCAGCAAGUUAUCACUUUAAAAGAAGCCAAACUUCUUCUAAGGGAUGACGAUGACAUCAUCAUUGCUGUUUAUGACUACUGGUUAAAUAAAAGACUAAGAACUCAACAUCCUCUAAUACCUCAAGUAAAAACAGAGAAACGUGAUGGGUCAACAAAUAACAAUCCUUAUGUUGCCUUCAGGCGGCGGACAGAAAAGAUGCAAACACGAAAGAAUCGAAAAAAUGAUGAGGCGUCCUAUGAAAAGAUGCUGAAACUUCGUAGGGAUCUUAGUAGAGCUGUUACAUUGCUUGAAUUGGUGAAACGUAGGGAAAAAACUAAACGAGAAUUGCUGCAUUUGACAGUGGAGAUAAUGGAAAAAAGGUAUCAGGCUCAAGAUUUCAGUGGUCAGUUACUAGCAGAAGUGUCUGCAAUCAAGCACCAAAGGCAGAGCUUCAUUCCUGUAAAUAGUAGUCAAGUUGUAAUUAAACCAGAAACACGGGUAACAAAAAGCAAGCCAGUUAAAGGUGCUCCUGCAAAGAAGAGACAGUACAAGAGAAAGAAGCCUGAUAGUACUUUAUCCAAGAUGACAAUAUCAAACAGUCAUGGUCUUGAUCUGAAUGUGGGCGAUGUUGUCAGUUCAGAAGAAGACGCUUUGUCAUUGAGUCAGUCAGACCAGGAUGAUGACAAUGACCCCGAUGGACCUUAUGCAUUUAGGAGAAAGAAGAAUUGCAACUACCAUGAACCUCGCCUUGAAGGUCUGGGUAACUGGCCUUGGUGCAGUGCUGAAGAAGGUGGCUCUGAAGAUAAGAGGUAUAGGUUUUGUCUGACAUCCAUACCAAAUUCUCAUAACCGACCAUCUUGUAUUGGGUUUGCAAGGCGGCGAAUUGGUAGAGGUGGAAGGAUUGUAUUUGAUCGGGCAUGGUCACCGCUUGAUGACCAUUUGUCUGAGCUGGACAACAUAGCGCUGUCUCCUCCAAACGGUCUCUCCUCAAGUAAUGAGCUCAUAACAGAAAUUAGAACUGAAUGGAAAUUCUUCCGACCAAAGACCUCCUCAGCAUCGAAUACCGAAAGUGAAAACCCAGACAAUGGGAAUGGAGCUUCCAAUGAAUUCAGCAGAUGCAGGGCUGAAAGCUCAACCAAUAAAACUCUCACAAAUGAAAAUCCUGUUGUGGACUUUGUUAAAAAUUAUCUAAAUCAAGAGGAUGAACUCUUUGAAAUGCAAAGAAAGCAGCUGGAGCGAUUAAAACCUGAUGAAUCACAGUCUAUUGUUCUAUUAGAUUCUGAUCAUUCCUAUUCAUCUCUACCCACCUCAUGCUUCAAUGUAGCACCAACACCCAGCAAACCUUUAGCUCAGUAUCAUCUUGUAUCUGCUGAAUUCUGUGAUGAGAAUGAUUCAUCAAACAUUUCUGUUCAAACUACUACUUCUGCCCCUUUAUUACAACUCCUCGAUACCUCCAGUAUUACAUCUAAUGUUGGCAAGGUGGCACUGACUAAUGGGCCGGUUGUGGAGAAGGGAGGUGAUGGUCUAGUGAAUGACAGCAGUACUCUGGAGAGGCAUCGUAAAGAGAUUUUGGGCACGAGUAUAGAAUCCCUUGUGAAUUAUUCCCAAAAUUCCGUAGUAAACUCGUGCUUACCGGCAGUACCGUCCAUUGACCUUGGAGGUGGGGCUGCUAGCCAUUCUAGUGACACUAUCCAUGUGAUAAAUUCAAAAACCUUUAGCACUCCACAGUCAGCUUUGAGGUUCUCCAAUAUAGAACAAAAUGGAAAUGAAACGAGGUUAAAGCAAGAGUUAUUCCUAACGAAAGUGAAAGUGGACAAAGUGACAAGUGAAAGCAGUGUGUCUAUGGAUGUGACAUGACACUUCCUUUCAUUGUCUAUAAUGGAACUAACUAAAAUAAUGUUCAAGGUGAGACUUGUACAAUUUCUCUGGACACUGACGGGCUGUUAGCAGUCCCACCCCUCCCCCCUUCACGGACGAUGCUUCACAAUGUGUUUGGAACUUAUUUAGUAUAUAACUCAGGAUUAUCACAAUUAUAUAUCUAUAAAUAAAUAUUACUAUUCUGAAUCCAUCAUAUUGCUAGGAACAUGUUUGUUUAGCUAUACAGAUCUGUUAAUAUGUAAAUAGAUGUAUAUAAGUGUUCUGUCUUAUUUUAAAUUUGCAUCCACUCUUUCAGAGUGAUGUUUUUGUGAUAUUUGUCAAACUUUAAGAAAGGAAAGGAAUAAAAAAAAGUUUGUUUUUUUCACCUAAGUUAUGUAUUUAUAUAGUGUGGCAUUUGUGCUUGUCAUUGCUCAUAAAGCUUUGUUCAUGACCAAUUGAUGUAGAAACUGGUAUUUUAAUUCUAGGAGUUUUUCCUCGGCCAUAUAUGGGAACUUUACAGUAGUUUGUCGAUAUUUAUUUUCAUAGUUAAAUGUCUUGUUAGUUUAGGGAGAAAGAUAAAUAGUGCUGCCGGUGUUUUUUAAUUGCCAAAUAUUCAUUUAAUUGAUAUCCCAUUUUCCAUUACUCCAUGCACAUCCAAUAUACAGUUUCUUCCUAAUCUCUUGGUCUUUUGUUGUUAAAAGCUUUUGCAAUGUCAUAUUUGUGUUUUAGACAAUCUUCCAAAACCAUUACAUUUGUUUUCAUUUUUGUUUGCAUUGUAUAUUUAUGAUGUGAUGGGCUCCCAUUGAAGGUGUGGUUGUCAUUUCAUAAUACUGAAUAAUAGAAUACGUAUUAUAAUUUGAAUGUAAGAAUUAAUCUUAUCAGGACAUAAUACCUGGAAAUAGCUAUCAAUUAUUGCCUAUCACUGUUUGAUAUAUUUUUGAGUUUGAAAAAUUGUAGGUAGGUGUAGGUUCUGAAUGUUAUUUUCUUUGCUAUUUUGAUAGUUGCAAGUCUGCAUAAAAUUGCAGUAAGUUGUUUCUCAUGAAUAUAUAAAAACAAUUAUACAAGAUAAUACAGAAAUUAUUCAUCUUCCUGUGUUUCUAUACUGUUGGUUGCAGAACGCCAUUUGCUAAGAAAGUUCAAAACAUAUAAUCGUUUUCAUUGUCGUUUUCUUUCCAUCAUAAUGAAAAUAUACUCCAGUGGUUUCUUUAUGCAACAGAUUCACUAAAUUUUCAUUUGAUUAAAAUAAUCAUUAAUGACUAGUUUUGUGAUAGACAUUGCCUAUUUUAAUUUUCUUUUAAAGGAUAAAAGUAUUCGUUUUGGUGUAUGUAAUUUACUUAGGCAGAAGCUUAAUAACUUGCAUUUUUUAUAACAUUAGAAAAUACAUUAACCAUGAUUUAGUUCAAUAUUAUCUGUGGAUUUCUUUUUAAGAUUUAAUUUCUAUAAGGAAUUUAGUUUUUGGGUCAAAAUUUAUGUAUUGAAAUUUCUUGUGAAAAAAGAUUUUGUUAUUAAGUUCUGCCGAAAGUCAAUAAAGCAAUUUAAUUUUUUUUUGUAUGUUUUGUAAUAAUUUUAUAGUAAAAUGUGUUUAUGAAGUGAAAUAUAAGAAUACUUCAGUUUUCAGAGAAAACCAAUUUUUUAGGUCCUAAAAAUUUGUUUAUUUAAAUGUCAUAAAUUCCCUACCACUUCCAUUGUAUUUUUAAUUUCUUAGUCAUUAACUUUGAAACUUGUAUUUGUCUUUACUCUUAUCUCAAUAAAGUGUGGUGUGAAGUCUGAAGAAUGAGACCCUCAGCCCAUUGCAGCAUAAUGAAUAUUCGAAUGUGUCCAUGUGUAUCAUCUCAUUGGUUGAUUGUGAAUGGACUCCAACAUUCACUUGCAGUAUCCAGUUCGUAUUUUAAAGAUUGUGCAAAGCAGUGUCACUUGUCCGGGUUUACUUCCCCGAUGUGUGUAUAAUAAAUUCUUUUGUAAAUUUGUAUAGGCAUUGUACUUUAAUUAUCCAUAUUUUCAUUGACAAAGUAGUGAUGCAAUCGGGACACUUAGACCAUGGUUUUUAAAUUGUGUGCAAAUUGUUCCGUUUUCGAAUGCUAUGUCUAGAGUGCAAGGUUAUACUGGCUUGCUUGAAACUAGUGUGUUAACUUCAACAGUGCAGCUCAUAUAUUGUACAUUUUGUAUUUUUGUAUGUAUUGUAAAUAAUGGAAGAGAUGUUUUUUGAUAUUCAUAGCACCGUGACAAAAUCCCUGUUAAGUGUUGUAAAUAGAAACUGUAAGUUUCUUUUAAAAGAUUAAAAACUACUAGGAUAAGUGAGAUGUACACUUGACAAGAUUUGUGAUACUUAAGAAAAAGAAAUUCCUCAAUAUUGCCAUGUUUCUUGUAGCCAUUAAAAAAAAUAAUUCAUCUAUGUCAUUCAUUCUGUAUUUUGCAAGAAUUUCAAGGUGCUACAUAUUUCAUUUGUUAUACUCAUAGUCUAGAACCAAUGUAUAUGUUAUUUUAACUUUCUUAUCAAGUUGUAUUUUUAGCUUUUUACCCUAAUUGUGCAUGCUUGCACUUAAUUUGGGGGUGGAAUUAGAAAUUUGACCAAAAUUCUUGCAUUUUGUUGGAAUUUUUGAUAUUUUUUUUUAAAUUAUUGGUAUAGAAAAAAAAAUUAAUAAUGUUUUUUUAAACACUUCUUAUAAAAAUUUCUAAUUCUUAACGUACCUGUUUGAUUGGUAUAUUUUUAAUUCCCCCCUCCCUUCUCUAAUAAUUUUUUUUGAUUUAAGUUGGUUCCAUUUUCAUUUUAGCUCUAAAUUAAAUGAAGUAUAAACAGAUCAUCCGUUUUAGUGAUAUAUAACUCUUAUGCAUACUAAAGAAUAUGCUACCUUUAUGCAUUUAAUAUUGUCUUUGGAAACUUCAACUUGGUAUUAGAAUUAUUUUUAUUGAUGCUGUAGUAUUUAAUUUUUAUAAAUCGAAUUCAAGUUCUUAAUUGUUUAAAUCUUUGUUUUAUAAUUAGCAAUAGCCUUCUUUGGUACUAAUAAUGUUUAAAAAAUAGAGUAUAUAUUAAAAAAAUAUAUACUCUAUAUAUAAUAUAAAUAAUUCUGUUAUAUUUUCUUUCUGACUAUGGGAAAAAAGUUUCCAUUUUUUACCACUGUCAUGAUAGAUUUUUAAAAAACACCACUCUCACCUAAUACUAAAUCUUGCAAAGAGAGGUAUAGCUAAAUAACCUUGCUCUAUGUGAAUUUGUUGUUGACUUUUUCCAAAGAUCCAUUGUGAAUAAUUCCGACUUAAGUGUUGAUGUGCUGAUGUCAUUGUGAAGCAUCCAGAUGUAAAAAAAAAAAAAACAUUUCUUCGUGAAGGACUUUUGAAGACUGAGAUCCCGUUCUAGGUAUCCUAUGUUGGCCUCGUUGCAUGUUGUAUGAGCAACUUUGCAUUUCUCGAGGUUGUGUAAAAUAUGUUUUGUAUUUACUUACAAAAAAUGGAAAAUGCUGAUUGUAUCAUUGUAAAUAGCACUAUAGAUUCGCAUGCAAUUAAAACCAUCAGUUUGAUUGAAA